GGGGCAUUUCUAUAUGGACCAUGCACCAAGUUGGUUCUAGAAGUGUGAGUCCUACAACGGGUCCAAGAUGGUUUACAACAAUAUCGACUAAAAUGACAUGUAACUGAUCGGCGAGGUAUAUAAUGUUUUCAAGCCUGUUGGUAAGCUCACCAACUUGGGGCUGCUCUAGUCGAACAAGGGUGACGCCUUGAGUUUAUUGGUCGAGAUCACCAACGAUAUAAUUGGCAUCAGACUUAGAUGUAACAUCUUUUAUCUGUCAAUUUGAGAUAUGCCCUUAGUCUAUAUAGGAAGUGCAAAUGUAUUUUCGACUCGAACCAUGUAACAAACUGAAGAUUUGCCGGUUCAAGAAAAACCAAAUUGAAGAUUUGCGCAUCUUUGUGUUGGGGAAACGGCUCCGCACAGUACACAAACUGAGCUCGAAGGCGGACUUUCCACGAUCCGCUUCCGCUAGGGUGUCGGUUUAAUUUCCUUCUCCGGUGGCGCGCGCCGAGCUCGGCGGCGGAAUGGCGGCGGCGGCGGAGGAGCCGUGCUGCAUCUCCCACGCCUUCGACCGCGCCGCGCGUCGGGACCCUGCCCGACUCGCCGUCGUCCACGCGGGUGACGGCGGCGCCGCUUCGCCGGCGGCGACCUCCCAUCCGCCGUCUCCUCGCUCUCCCGCCGCAUCGCCGCCGUGCUUCCUCGCCCUUCCACCGACCACCCCGGCGACGACGGGUCCCCAGGCUGCUCGGAUCAACAGAGGGGAGGCGCAGGCGCGAUGCCUAGGGUCGUUGGGGUGUACGCCUCGCCGUCGGUGGAGGUGCGGGGAGGCGUUCCUGCCGCUGGACCCAUCCUGGCCCGAGGAUAGGGUCCGGUCAGCUGUCUCUGCUUCUAAUGCGGUGCUAGUCGUAUCGGCAGGGGUUUCAAAUGAAGACGAUGUUCUUAAGGGCAGCUCUUGCCCUGUUCUGCGAUUCAACGGUGACAUCCGAUGUCGGCAGGGGUCUGAUGAUGUGCUCUAAGAAAGGAGAGCUCUAAGAAAAUUAGCAUAAAUGUGCUAGCGAAGAGCACUGAAAUUCACAAGAUCCAAGUCGUAUACUUUUUUUUAGAUGAACAAUUUAUUUGUUCGAUGUUCACAUGGAGGGAUACCUUUGUAGACAAAAUUACAUUAUUUCUCUCCCAAACAUUGGUAUACGAUCCGGCAUUUGCUUUCA